AUGACCGUUACCCAAAUACAAAAUAUUUUUCAAAAAUUAUUUACAAGGAUGUCUGUGUCAGUUUCGUUAGCCCCAAUUGGUGUCCGUGGUAUGAAAGUCUUAGACCGCGAGAAAUUCUUACGAAACGUGAGUGUUCCAGUGCUUGAGGUGACUGAAGAUAAACUGGCAAAAACUACUCCAAUAGUGAAGCCGUAUUUUCUGAAGUUGGAAAAUUUCAAGCCAGUUCAAAACUAUGUGACGGAAGACAACUUAAGGAGAAAAAGAAUUUUUUUCAACCCGGAAAAAAUCAAAUGUUGGUCUGAUAUAGCAGAAAAUCACAGAUUAACACUUAAAAACUAUGAUGUUGAUGAGUCCAACUUUACAUUUGUCACACUUAAGUUAACUUAUGAUAACUUCAAAUUUGAUAUCAUAUUUAAAGCUGUUCUGCCAGAGAAUGAGGAAAUUGUAAGUAGUUUUUCUCAAAUUGGUCAUAUUAUUCACUUAAACUUGAGAGAACAUUUGUUUGAAUAUCGCUAUUUGAUAGGUCAAGUCCUUUUGGACAAAAUUAAAACUUGCAGAACAGUGGUAAAUAAAAGCAAUAUCAUAGACAACACCUACAGAAACUUCAAAAUGGAAGUAAUUGCAGGUGAAGAAGACUUUCUAGUGACAGUUAAGGAAAACCGCUGUAACUUUCAAUUAGAUUUCUCUAAAGUUUACUGGAAUCCUCGUUUAUGCAAGGAACAUGAAAGAAUUUUAGAGUUCUUAAAACCAGAAGAUGUACUCUUUGAUGUUUUCUGUGGUGUAGGUCCAUUUUCAAUUCCAGCUGCAAAAAGAAAAUGUCAAGUUUUUGCUAAUGAUCUUAACCCAGAUUCCUUCAAAUGGCUUGAACACAAUGCUAAAAGUAAUAAAAUUGAUAUGACUAGACUAAAAUUGUAUAAUCAAGAUGGAAAAGAUUUUAUCUGUACCAUAUUUAAAGAUUAUGUCACAGAUAUUUUCAAUGGCAAGAAGAUAUUAAAAAAUGAAGCAAAAAUCCACAUAACUAUGAAUCUACCGGCAUUGGCAGUUGAAUUUCUUAAUAGUUUCAAUGCAUUACUAAGUAUUGAAGAUUUAUCUAGUAACAUUAAGUGUGACAUCAUUGUUUAUGUGUACUGUUUCGCUGUAGGUGAAGACCCUGUAAAAAUAUCAAAGGAAAAAGUAAUUGAAAAUAUUGGAUAUGAUAUCUCAAAAGAUAUCAUUGAUGUUUUUAAUGUGCGCACUGUUUCACCUAAAAAGGAAAUGAUGAGAGUGACAUUCAAGCUAAGCAAAGAAGUGUUGUUUAGUAAAAAAUUAGUGCAAAAUGAUGAGCCACCUAUUAAGAAACUCUGUGUAUGA